AUGAAUUUUGGGGAAUUUGAUGAGAGCAAUACUUUACUUGUGGACGAUUCCGUCGAAAAAAGCGUGAGAAAUCUUGCUGGCAAUGUAAUACAUCCAAUUACAUUUACUUAUAUAGACAAGGAAUUUGAUAAACGUUUAGCUAUACAUGGUGAUUUAUGCUCAUAUCUAAACCAAUUAGCUAAGGCAGAAGAUGUUGUAACAUUUGUGCGUGAAAAUCCAUUUGUCGAGGAACCACAGUGGCAGAGUGCUGCAGUUGGUAGCUUUGCUAAAGGAGUUUUGUAUGAUGCCGUGCUCGAUUCUGAUUUUGGUGGUGAAGGGCCUCUGAGGGCAAGGAAGAUGUGCAUAAUGAACUUCUUGACAGCCAGCUGGAAAGUGAGAAUGCCGGCUUUGGCGUCAAAAAGCUGCAAGAUGGACCGGAAUAAAAAUAUCAAGAAGACAACCGUGAAGGCAUUUUCUAUUGGCUGCAAUGAGGUAGUUGUUUUGCCGAGGACAGCCUCUCCUCAAAUGGAUUUUCCCUUUGAAGGCUAUACCUCUCGAAUUGUUAGUUGUACUGAUGAAAUUGGCGGUGCCUCGGAGCUAGAUGUUGAAGAGAGGAGCUCCAGUGAGCCAGCUACAUCACUUGUUCCAGUUACUAGAAAACCUUCAAUCUCCAAUUAUCAUUUAUAUCCGUGA